CGGGCACCGAGUCGUCUGGCAAGACUGCGGGCACCGAGUCGUCUGGCAAGACUGCGGGCACCGAGUCAACUGGCGGAGUCGGGAAUCGACUGGCGGAACAGCGGGCAUCGAGUCAACUGGCAACAGCGGGCACGAGUCGGCAAGACUGCGGGCACCGAGUCGUCUGGCAAGACAGUGGGCUCCGAGUCAACAGGCACGACAGUGGGCACCGGGUCAUCAGGUAUCGGAUUGUCUGGCUCGACAGCGGGCAUCGGGUCACCAGGCAUCAGGUCAUUUGGCUUGCCAGCGGGCACCGCGUCAUCUGGCAAGGCAGUGGGCACCGGGUCACCAGGUAUGACAGCGGGCUCUGAGUCAAUUGGCACGACAGCGGGCACUGGAUCAGGUACCGGAUCAUCUGGAUCAACAGCGGGCAUCGAGUCAACUGGC